GAUUUCCUCAAAGGUGCGGUUAGUAAAGUAAUGUGUAGUAGCCUCCGUAUACUCCACAACGAAAAUUUAACAAAAAAUUGAAAAGUUUGUGAUUUGUACAUACUGUAGUACAGACAUGAAUUCAAUAGUUAAUACUAUUACUAAAAAUUUGCCAGAUUAUUGGGAUAAAAAUAUAUCCUAUCAAAAUCCUUAUCGUCGAAUAAAUGUAAGUAUUUAUCGGGCAGAGUAUGAUAAAAUUUCCGACAUACUUAGUAAAGCUGCCAACGAUUACCACCAUCAAUUGCGAAGGUUGGAACGAGUGCAGAACGUAUAUGCCUAUGGUCAGUUUAUUGUACGUGAGCAAUUCUUUAUUAAUAAUGCCCCUUUAUCCACUUGUUACAGGGUACAACGUUUUUAUGUGUUAAGAAAAAUUUAUUUAGAAGAUGCAAUAGAAUAUAAUUUGGACCCCAGAAGAAUUGGUGUGGGAACUACUACUAUAACAUUUUUAUCAAAGAUUAACUUUGUACCAGAUGAUCAUGUGGUAUUAGUUCUAAAGGUAUUGACCUACAAUCCAAAUCAAGAUUCAAUUACACCAGAACGAAGUUCAGAUUACUUUAUAGAAUAUGUAGCUUAUCUUGACUAAAUUUGUAUUUUAACUAUUUAUUGUAUAAGGAAGCUGAAAUUUGACUUGUUAUAUUAUACUACUUUUAUAAUUAACCAAAAUGUUUACUACUUUUUUUA